AUGAAGUCUGAGUUGCCGGUGGCGGUGGUGAUGGUGGUGGUGGUGAUCGGAAACAUGGCGGUGGAGGCGGACAGCAUGUGGAAUCUUCAGCCAUGGAGGAGACAACACGUAAAGAUAGUGAAUCAACUGGGCGAUAACAGACCUCUGACAGUUCACUGCAAGUCCGGAGACGAUGAUCUGGGUUUCCACAUUCUGGCCGCGGGCAAGGAAUACGAAUUCGGUUUUCAAAUAAACAUGAUGGGGACGACGCUUUUCUGGUGUAAUUUUUGGGACGACAGAAAACACCAUGCUGUUUUCGACGUGUUUGAUGCUAAGGCAACGUUCACAGUUGAACAGUGCGGGAAUAAUUGGUGCACUUGGGAACCCAGAGAUGAUGGUUUUUACUUAUUUGACUCUGACAGUAAGAAGUUUAUAAAGAAACAUCUAUGGUUUAAAAUAUAA